GGUGAACUAGAUCUAGCCUAUUUGCACAGAACAAAAGCUGCUUAAUAGAGAAGAUAGUUCUACUUUUAUUAUAAGCUAACUAUAAAUCCAUUACUACCAUUAAUGUGUGUAUAAAAACACACAGCUCAUCAUGUGUAGUUAACUAAAUCUUAUCCAUGUUUACCGGGCAGGAAGCAUUACCCUGCUCAACAAGGGUUGCUCCAAAAUACUUGAUUGCAGCCUGAUGUUACUGUGAUUCGUAAAAUCACACCCGGAUACCGGCAAUUCUGAGCAUGCUUAGUUGAGAGUUAAGGCGGCUUUGAGCUGGAGCAAAGGAGCCCAUCAACACCGCCGAAACUACAACCUCUCCAGCUUUUAGGUGGCUUCUUCGCGUCACUUUCAGGGCGGAAAGCUAAUCUCCGAGCGCACCAGCUACGGGCGGAAGCAACGGAGCAAUCACAAGCCAGCUUUCUCCUCCCCCACCUCGAGCCCCGCCUUUUCUUCCAUUAUGGCCAAUGGGGCUGCUCCACUUUCUUCCGGUUGGGCUUAGAACCGGCGAAUGAGGAGCGAAGUCUCUUUGAUUAAGCCGCCUGUCGAUUGCGCACGCGUGCUUCUGCUUUUGCGCUGGGCGAGGAGGCGGGAGAUCCAAGACAGGUAGGCGAGCGGAGACUCCGCUGUGCGCGCCUCCUCUGCACGGGACCCGAUUCGGAUCAGGAGCCGCCACGAGCUGCCCUUUCCCCUUUCCUGGCUUUGCUCGCGGAGCGAAAGGCCGGAGAGCGAGACAGAGCGAGAGUUAGGCAGCCAGGAGCAGGCCUAGGGGGCAUGGCCAUUUGUUAGCUAACAGAGGUUCUGCCCCCUCCAUGUAUUUUUAUUUAUUUUUAUUGAAGGGGGCAGCUGCCCCCCUUGGCUACACCCAUGCCAGGGCAGCUCAUGCUGGGAACCCCUCUCAUGAGCCCCUGGGUCUGCUUCUCCGGCCUGUCUGCCUGCUUGCUUUCUGCGCCCACAUGAUUUCCUGCGGCCCAGCAGGCCCCAUGAGUGGAUCGGGCCCUCUUCCCCACUAGAAGGCCACCUCCUUGGUGAGAGGGACUCUUUGGGCCACUUGGAAGUUGUUUUACAGAAGAACAUCAGAACAGCCCGGCUGCAGCUAGAUUGAGACACAGGGGGCCAAUCUAGCCCAGUGUCCUCAUCUCACAGUGGCCAAACAGAUACCCGCAAUGGGAAAACCCCAGAGCAGGACCGGAGGGCAAUAGCAGCACACACACCCUCCUGCUGUUUCCAGCAGCUGGCGUUAAGAAACACUUCUGCCUCAGGCUGUGGAGGCAGAGCCCGGCCUCCAUCAUGGCUAAGAAGCAUCAACAGCCUUCUCUGUGGAUUUGCCCAAUCCUUUUUCUUAAAGGCUUCCAGGUUUGAGGGUUCUUCUCUGUGUAUGUAUUUGCCCACAGCACUUAUGGGUCACAGCUGUGACUGUACUCAUUGGCUAAAAACAGAUAGGCAGGAAUAGGCUCAUAUCACAAAGCAAUUGCUUCAAAUAGCAAUUGCUUCAAAUGCCCACACAUUUUGCUUCCACACUUUCCUUCUACAAGUGUUAAAUUCAAUUUAAAAAACACACAGAAAGAAAGAAAGCUCAAGAGUCUGGACCCAGUAUAACAGUGUUCCUCUCUCAGUGGCCCUGGCACCAGGUCUGCCAUUUAUUUAUUUUCAUUUAUGCACUAAACUUACUAGUUGCUUGUCACCAAGCAGGUCUUGCAGCAACUUACACUGAAGCACACACAGUAUGCAUAGAUACAUUAUGGGAAAGAGAAGAAAUUCAGCUUUCUCGCUAUUUUACUGCUGCUCCUUCCAAGUGAGAAUGUUUGGUUGCUGAGCAGUUGGCCUCUGGGCAUGUGCAGAUUCUUUGGGGCAGAUGAUAGAUCAUGGGCUCAGCCCCUUUUGAUUCUUACUGCCUGGCUGCUAAGGAGAGGCCAACCAGCACAAAGAGUUCUGUACUGAAGCUUGCUUAGGUGGCUUUAGAGAUCCUGCAGAGCCUCAGUUUGGGUUUUGAGGUUUCACCUGUGUACUCUCCAAGCAAAACGAACAAGAACUGUGAUUUUAAAAUCAUGAGCUGAAUUCCGUGGUUGGCACAGAACAAGCACAGACCCGUUCUCUAUAUGGCACGAGAAAGCGAUUAAUGGGGCUAACUCACUGAACUCUCGUCUUCCUCCUAUUUCUGUUCCCGCCAUCAGGUGGUGCCAAGCCAUGGAGAUCAGCCACUCUGUGAAGGAGCGCACCAUCUCGGAGAACAGCCUUGUCAUCCUGCUGCAGGGCCUCCACGGACACGUCACCACUGUGGAGCUGCGGGACGAGAGCAUGGCUGUGGGCCGCAUCACCAAUGUUGACGCCUUCAUGAACAUCCGCCUGGCCGAGGCGACGUUCACUGACCGGUGUGGCCAUUCCACCUGGCUGGAUGAUCUGUUUGUGACGGGAAGGAACGUCCGCUACGUCCACAUCCCUGAUGACAUGGACAUCACGACCACCAUUGAGAAACAGCUGCAGCUCAUUCACAGAGUUCGCACUUUUGGUGGCCGAGACAGGGGCAGGAAGGAGUUCCUUAAGCAGAGCUACAAAUGAGCAGGCUAGUGCCCUGGAUUUGCCAUGUGCCCCAAACUCAGCCUGACAUUGCUUGUACUCCUGAUGAAGAAGCACAUUUUUCUGGACUGAGAUUAGAAGUGACCUGUAGACAACCCUCCCUGAUUUUUCUAGAUGCCUUACCUGGCUGCACUUCCUGAGUUCAAGAGUUCACCAAACUUUUCUAUAGAAAGGGGAAGUGGUCAUUAGGUCUCUUUGUAAGAAUAAGUUUGAAUACAACUGACCUUAGCAACAAAUAGGAUUCUUGCUUUCUGUGGACUAAUACUCUCUUCACCUUCUUCAGCCUCUUUUUUCCAAAUAAACUGUUUACAAAAUUUUAAGAUCCACUUUCCUUUUACAAACUGUUUCUCACCAAACCAACCAGCAGCUUUUUGUACAUUGAAAAU